AUGCUUCGGUCGUUGCUUGUCAUCCUCCUCGGUAGGUGCUCUGCGUUCUGUCGUGUGAACGUAUUGUCCGAUAAUUCGCAUAACUUCCUCCCUUAAUAUUACUGUUCGACUCCUUUUUCGUCAAAAUGUUUCGAUUCAGCAAAUACCCAUGUGCCAUUUCGCCUGCCUUCACGACCCUAUAGCUGUAGGGUGCAGCUGCAUGGCAGCAGCCAUUCGAGGUUCGCUUUAUCUAACAAUAUCAUGGGUUCCCGCGAGCUGUGCAGCAUAUUCUAUCUUCGACAUAUUUUGGGACUUUUAACCCCUGUUCUCAGUGCACCUGGCCCGCAUUAGCUUUGUUAUCCUAAUCAACGACCCGGAUCCCGUUUCUAUACUACAGCCAAGCUUAAUCAGUUAAUUCUUUUGUUUGUCAAUUUUUUGAUUGUUGCUGUUCUUCUGUGUUUUGACGUUUUGAGAUCUAUAUUUUAUCUUUACUUCGUGCCUACUUCUAGCUGCCCUCGCAUUGAGCGAUGACGUGGAAAUUGUUGACGAUGAGCCGAUUGCGCCGACUAUUGUAGAGCCCGAAACUGUAGGUUUUGGUAUAUUUUUAUUUAUCUUUAUGUUACAAAAGUUCGACGCGGAAGGUGAAUUUAAGGGGGCGGAAAACAUGAAUGCACUUCUCUCAUUCGUUGACCCACCUCUUGGCUUCGUGCGGUCAACUAGCCCUGCCUCGAUAGUUGCUGGGAAAGUGUGCAAAUUUGUUGUCUCGCUGGAAAAUUCAGCCACAACUGGCUCGGUGCACUACUCGCUGUAUACUCUGGAGGCCGCUUUGCACUAUCCUCACUAUUAUGGUUACCACAUUCAAAAUUUCACCACGCAAGUCCUCCAAAAUACACUUGAACCGGGGCAGCAGGUAAUCCCAUCCUACUUUCCCUAGCAUGCCCUAAGGCUAGUCUCUUCUACAGCUUCACGCCAUCCGUACAGCUGGCUGGCCAACACUUUGACCUCGCUGUAAUCCUAACCUAUCAUGACCAGAGCGGUCGGCCCUACUUCCACUCUCUAUUCAAUGCCACUAUCGCGGUACCUCAGUCUUUUUUAUUUGACUUACACCUGUGCUUGACCAGCUUCUUGAAGAUGAUGAGGGCAUGGAUACUGAAAUUAUCUUCCUCACGCUCCUAGUCCUGGCUAUAACUGCUCUUGUAGCGUUUGCUUUGUGGACAUGGAUUUCAUCAAAGGCCCUCAAGCGUUCUNGGGUGGCCGGAAAGAAGGACUCGUUUGAUGAUGGCACGUGA